AUGAUACACGAGAAAUGGGUCCAAAAUGGAUUAAUUGACUUUAGCCACGAUAGUUGUCCCGCUUGUGAAGGAAGCACGCGAGGUUGUGCUGAUCUACAAGAAGACAUUCUGAAUCUGAUAGGUUUGGGCUUGCUAGGCAAAAAAAUCAAAGGAAGAAAAGGACAUAAUUACAUUGAAGAAGAAAUGACCUAUGGGCCACUUGACAGUAUGCUGUGGGAAGUUCCUCAAAGGAUUCCAAAGCACAACCGUGGCCUAUACAUAUCAGCAAAGUAUGAAGACAACAUUUUGACAGAUGUACUGGUAGACGCUGGUUCAUCUCUGAACAUUAUGCCAUGUAGCACCUUGGAAAGUUUAUCCUAUCAAGGGGCACCUUUUAGACCAAAUGUCAGUGUACUGACUUUUGAAGGAUUCUCACAUACUGUGCUUGGAGAGAUUGAUCUUCCUAUCUGCAUCGGACCUCGUGAUUUUGAUAUCACCUUUCAAGUGAUGGAAAUUUAUCCCGCUUACAGCUGUUUGUUGGGAAGACCUUGGAUUCACAAUGCUGGAGCUGUCCCUUCCACUUUUCACCAGAUGUUAAAAUACCCUUCGAAGGACAAAAUAAUAACUGUUUACGGAGAGCAGACCAUGUUUAUUUGUCAAUUAUUCUCUGUUCCUAACAUUGAAGAAAUUACAGCUCAGUUCCAAGCUUUAUGA